AUGCUAAUGUUUCUCUCCAUGGGGCAGACACAGCAUACCCAGAAUAAUGAGGAGAUUGAUGUCAAAACACUUCAGGAUAUGUAUAAAAGGUUUGUAAUAGAGUGCCCAAGUGGACUACUUUUUCUGCAUGAGUUCAAGCGUUUCUUUGGUGUUGACCCAACAGGAGAAGCCUCUGAUUAUGCAGAGAAUAUGUUUCGAGCUUUUGACAAAAAUGGGGACAAUACUAUUGACUUCCUUGAGUUUGUAGCAGCACUGAAUCUUGUUUUCCGGGGAGACCUGGAGCAUAAACUGCACUGGUCAUUCAAGGUGUAUGACAAAGACAACAAUGGCUUUGUGGACAGGGACGAACUACGGUCAAUAAUUGAUAGCCUCUAUCGGAUAAAGCAGGGAACAAAAACAGAUGUGAGAGAUUCAUGGCUUACAGUAGAUGAAGUUGUGGAUCGAAUAUUACAGGCUGUUGACAGUGACGGAGAUGGUAAAAUUAAUAUGGAAGAAUUCAUAAGAGGCGCACAGAAGGACCCCUGGGUGCUGAACAUGUUAAAGCUGGACAUGAACCCUGCUGGAUGGGUGCUCGAUCAGAGGAGGAGUGCACAAUUCUGA